AUGGCUUCCAGCCCGCUACUGUUGCUUCCACUGGAACUUCGGAAUUCAAUAUACGAAUACGUCCUACUCCAUCCACCAGAACCGGACGAUGACAUCGAACAAUCGACCAGCGAACGAAGACCAAAACGUAUAACCACCAGGAACGACCGCUGGCAAUGGACCAUGCAAUACACCUCCUCUCCACCAACAGCAAACUACUACAACAUCCUGCGAGUCAACCGCCAACUUCACCACGAGAUCAAAGACUUCCUCCGCCUCCAACAAGCACUCCACGGCCCCCAACCCGCGCACAUCACCCUCCUCAUCGACAACCCCAACAUCACACCCUCGCACAUCUCCCUCCCGCAAACCCCAACCAACACCACCACCCUCGACCUCCUGGUCAAAGUAGCGCAAAUGUACCACCCGGUCUACAUCUCCCGCCCGCCCCACAAUACCCUCCUCCUCGCCAUCUUCGAGGUCCUCAAAACCUACUUCCACCGCGGUCCCCACCUCGCACGGCCCACUCCCUUGUCUCAGAAACUGCAUUUGGAAAAAGUCCGCAUCACGAUCGCGCCACCGCAGCCGCUGGAGGAGAUGACGUACGUCUAUGGCUUUCCGCAGGGGCAGCUGGAGACGCUGUUUGAGGACUUUGAUUGGUAUUUGAAGAAGUUUGCGAGGUCGGGGUUGGCGUGGGGAGAUGUGGAGGGGAUUGAGUAUCGUUUGAUGGCAAAGGAGUGGAGGAGCGUGGGUGUGAGGAGUGAUGUGUGGGAUGAGGGUGAUUAUGUGUUCUUCAAGGAUGGGGGAUAUCGGUGGAGUGAUGGUAUGACUGGGCCGUGGGAGAGUGAAGGAUUGAGGUUGACGGUGUAG